CUCUCACUUUUCUCUUUCUACUCUGCAAACCUCUCUCAGACUACUCUACACUACAGGAAAAGGAAAGAGAGAUUUUACUCUCUCAAACUACACUACACUACAGGAAAAGGAAAGAGAGGUUUUACUCUGUCAAACUACUCUACGCUACAGGAAAAGGAAAGAGAGAUUUUACUCUCUCAAACUACACUACGCCACAGGAAAAGGAAAGAGAGAUUUUACUCUCUCAAACUACUCUACGCCACAGGAAAAGGAAAGAGAGAUUUUACUCCUUCUCUCUUGCAUUUCAAAAAACUCAGGGAGUUUGGGAAUUUAAGUCAGAAAUGUAAAUUAAUGAUAAUAGUUCUUAAUGAUAUAUUGUGAUCUGUGAUAUACUGUGAAACUUGCUGUGAUUUGUGGAUAUAGUGUGAUAUACUGUGACCCUGUGACUUAUUGUGAUUUGUGGAUAUAGUGUGAUAUACUGUGACCCUGUGACUUAUUGUGAUUUGUGGAUAUAGUGUUACUUGCUGUGAUAUUUGUCAGUACAUAGGCCUGUAUGUUUUGCAUUUUUAGACCUCUUUUAUUGUGAUUUCAACAUAUGCAUGUCUCAUACAGACAGGAGAACAAGAUUGCGUCACACAAGGACCACAGUGCCACAUAAAACAAAUAACGCACAACACCCAGCAUGGUGAAGCGUGUGGCAGUGAUCGGUGCAGGGAGUUCGGGUCUGGCCUGUAUUAAGUGCUGUGUGGACGAGGGCCUGGAGCCUGUGUGCUUUGAGAGCAGUGAUGACAUCGGGGGACUGUGGAGGUUUAAGAGAACACCAGACGUGGGCCUUGGUAGCAUUUAUCACUCACUCAUCACGAACACGUCUAAGGAGAUGAUGUGCUUCAGUGAUUUCCCUAUGCCAGAACAUUUCCCCAACUACAUGCAUAACUCUCACACGCUCCAGUACCUCCGCCUGUAUGCCCAGCACUUUGACCUCCUCAAACACAUUCGUUUCCAGACCACAGUGCGUAGUGUAAGGCAGAGGCCAGACUUUCCUGUCUCUGGGCAGUGGGAUGUGUUGACUGAAGACAGACGUGGGGAGAAGGAGAGACAGGUCUUUGAUGGAGUGCUUGUGUGCUCAGGGCAGUACACACACCCCCUCCUCCCUGACUUUCCAGGCAUAGACACAUUCCCAGGACCAUACUUACAUAGUUGGGAAUAUAAGGACCCCGAUGUUUUCCUGGGAAAGCGAGUAUUGGUCAUUGGGAUAGGAAACUCUGGAGGAGACAUUGCUGUGGAGGCCAGCAGAGUUGCUGAGAAGACUUUCUUGAGCACAAAAAAAGGGUCAUGGGUGGUUGGCCGUAUGUCCAGCAGUGGCCUCCCUCUGGACAUGGUGAUGAUCCGACGCUGCCGCAGCCUGCUGCCCAAACUGCUGCCAGCGCCUGUGCUCAACUGGCUCGGCGAGCGCGGUCUCAAUCACAGAUACGAUCAUAGACUUUACGGUUUACAGCCCAGCCACAGGCUCCUGGACAAACGGCCUUUGAUCAACGAUGAUUUGCCUUUUCGCAUCCUGCUGGGAGCCCUGCUGGUGAAGCCCAACGUGCGAGAGUUCCGGGGCUCAGCUGUCCUGUUUGAUGAUGGCACGGUUGAGGAAGGAAUUGAUGUUGCGGUUUUCUGUACAGGCUAUGAAACAAAGUUCCCAUUCCUUUGCCCUUCCCUGACUUCAGGCCCUGAUGGGGAAUUGACGCUGUACAGACAUAUGAUUCCACCCUCUCUAGAGCGCCCCACGUUGGCUGUUGUGGGAGUUAUCCAGACUAAAGGGCCAAUCAUGCCAGUAGCAGAAAUGCAGGCUCGCUGGGCUACCAGAGUCAUUAAAGGUCUUAACCAGCUUCCGUCAGAGGCCAAAAUGCACGAGUUCAUUGAGAGAGAAAGGAAAGCAAACAUGGAGAGCUACCCCUCUCCCAAGCUGGCUGCCGUCCAAGUCCAUUACAUUCCCUACCUCGAUGCCCUGGCAAGGGAGGUGGGUGUGCUUCCAAACUUCUUGUGGCUGCUCUUGUGUGACCCCAGACUGGGCAUUAGGGUGUUCUUUGGUCCCUGCACCCCAUACCAGUUUCGACUACGUGGGCCGGGACGGUGGGAGGGAGCACGACAGGCCAUCCUCACCCAAUGGGAUCGUGUUUCUCAUCCAAUGAGGACACGUCUUGUCCCAGAGUCCAAAUCGUCUACCUUGUCCUGCUGGUCGCAUCUGUCAGGAAUGGUUGUGGUGAUUCUGGCUGUCAUAGCAACAAAGAGAUGGCUUUCAUGGCAUCUGCUGACGCCAUGAACAUUUUCACUGGGCUAUACCGACUUUAUGGACAAUUGUAGGCCUGCCUGAAACUCAUAGUUUAACUCUGACAACAGUGGUUUACUAAAGACUAGUCUUAUUUUGUCACUUAUCAUUACCACCUCAAAUGUAAAAUAUUUCUCUCACCAGUGUGAGAAUCAUGACUGAUGCACACAUUUAGUCUACACUGAAUGUAAUCUUCAUAACCUUUCUUAAGAGGUAUGUCUGUUUAGAUCCUGUAUAUUCUGUUUUUAACAUUAAAUCACUCACCAUUAAACAGUUCUACUUUUUGAAAAAAACACA